AUGGCUCAGAAGCCUUGGGAAGGGAUCGAAAUUGGCACCGCCCGUUCUCCGAAUUUGUCGUGGUACGGGCCGUCAUCGCUCUUUUACUUCAUCGGGCGUAUGAACAACUACAUAGACUCGAGCCUUCACCAGAAACAGUCGGGCUCAACCAAAGAAAUGGUUCUUCAUGGAACUGCAAAUACUUUGCUGGGCUUUGAGACUAUAAAAACUCCGGAAGACUCGACACACCCCGCUCUUUCAGCCGACAACCCAUUACCCACCGGGGAGUUCCUGAGCCCGACACAGGAGGAAUACUUUCUUGAGCUUUUUUGGAAGUCCUACCACACAUCUCUGUUCCCAGUAAUCAAUGAGACCGAAUUCAUGGAUCACUAUCGCUCUUUAUGGAAUGACUCUGGAGAUUCAAGAAAGCCAUGCGCGCUUGUGGACAUCGUCAUCGCUCUGUCCAUGCAAUAUGGUGUAUCUCGCUUGCCACCAGAGCAACAAAAGCCCAUCGCCGACGGCGACCCCCAGCAUUGCUGGCCGAUCUGCUUCCUACUUAGCGCUAUCUAUCUGUGCAAUGGAUCAUUCCAAAACAUGUCCGCCGAUGCCUGCGGUAGCGCAACCCGGGCUGCCUAUACUGCCGGGCUUCAUCUAGACCCGCCAUCGUCAAUGCCCGAACCAGAGCGUGAAUUGCGCAGGCGCUUAUGGUGGGCCUUAUACCAGCUGGAUGCCAAAGUGGGCAUGAAACUUGGACGUCCAUUCACUCUUCAUAGGUCAUCCACCGAGCCCAGGCUUCCUGAUGACAAACCCGAAAAUGCCAUGCAGUCGGGCUCCCGCUUUGCCUCCCUUGGGGGAAACAAGACGUGGCUCAGUUUCCAUCUUCAUAACGUCAAGCUUUUCACCAUUGCCAAGGAGAUCCAUGUGGCUUUCUACUCCAAGGAGCUGAACCUUCCGGAUGGCCAGUCAAUUUGGCACAGCCCAGAGACACUUGAAUCUCACGCUGAGUAUCUGCAAUCUCAAGCGUCCAAGGUGGAUCAAUGGCUAGAAGAAGUGCCCAAUUCCCUGAAGACGAAACGAAAAGGGAAUGGCGCACCAUUCUCAACAGACGGCUCUCAAAUGGAGUUUGAGCAAUUCGCGCCCGAAUGGCUCCAGCGCCAGCGCCUAAAUCUGGAACUGCUAUACCAUACUUUAGGUCUCAACGCUUAUCGUCCUUUCAUAUCCUUCCUUCCGGCGCGCCAACCAGCCUUGACUCGCGAGCUGGCCACCAAAUGCGCUCUUCAUGCGAUUACACUCACCAGCAUCACACACCAAGCACUGUCAUCCACAACAAUCUUAACUGGCUGGCACGAAUCCUUCCAAUGGCAAUGGAGCGCAUCCAUGACCAUUGUCGGCUUCGUCCUCGCAAACCCACACAACGAGUUAGUCUCUGAAGCCCGGCGAGCCGUCGAUAUGUCAAUCGCCAUAUUCGACAUGUUCGGUAAAUGCUUCGCAGUCGCGGCAAGUGCUGCUCGAAUCAUACGCGGCCUAGCUCCCAAGAUAGACUUUCUCUUGGAAACUUAUUCCGUAUCGCAAAGCUCAAUUGCAGCUCCCGAUGGGAUGGACGGAGCGCCCCUUGAGAAUUUGAAACCCGCUGCGGUCGGAUCGGAGUGGCUUGAUAACCUCGUGUCGGAUGCUCCUGCAUUUGAUUCGUCUUAUGUGAUGCCAAUGCAGGAGAUCUUUCAGAUGGCUUAUUCGAUUGAGCAGUGGAGCGAUUUAGACUCUUUGUUGCCGAGUAUAGGGACGGAUCAGUGGACUGUGUAG